AUGGCCGCCGACUAUGUGGUGGUCGAGAAGGCAAACGGGGCACUGUACAACGACUUGGGGGAGGCUGCACCCGACAAACCGAGUCAGAAGAAGCAAGCGUCGACGCCAGAUCCUAACCUCGAGGACCUUCGAGAUCAGAUAGAAGUCUUGCGGGAAGUCAACGAGCAUUUGAAUUCGGAAAUUGAGAACUCGACACAUCAGCUGGGCGGCCUCAGGCAGGACCGUGAUGCAUGGAAAAGAAGAGCCCAACUGCUGUGCAAAAUGCUGAAUGAAGGAAAGAAAGGGUACUUAGAGGGAUCGUCCGACGUCCGCGUUGUUGGGGACAUGCCAAGUCCGGAGGACGUUGAGGCAAAAUGUAGGGAGAUUUGUGAUUCGAGCAGAGAGCAGGAAAUGGUGUUGGCAGGUGUAGAUGUGCGGGAGCUUGUGUUGAAAGGACAAAUGGGUGGUUGGCUGAUUGAUUCCAGUGAGAUUCGUCGAGGCAGCACAAUCGGGGAAGGAGCCUUUGGCACAACAUAUCAUGGCAUCUGGAGAGGGGGUCAGGUGGCUGUCAAGUGUGUAUCAGUCCAAAACAAAGAGGACAUGAUCAGCUUCUUAUGGGAAGUGGAAGCUCUCGCUGGGAUUCACCACCCAAAUGUGCUUCCCUUCCUUGGAGCCUGUAUAAUUGCACCCACCACCUUCUGGCUGGUUUGUGAAUACAUGCCUGGAGGAACGCUUGGGAAAUGGCUCCAUUCCGAACGAAAUGCUCGCCGGCCACUGCUGAGACGGCUCCAGUAUGCAUUGGAGGUACAGGCUAUAAACAGGUCAAAAAUGCUGCCUGCAGUGCAUGCACACUGA